CUUAUACAUACCUCUUAUACACACUUACACAGAAAGACCAAGAACAGUCCAAGAUAUUAUCUUCGAAAUUGAGACUGUGGUUUUGACGUAAGCAAUUAAUUAGACUUGCUCUCUAUUCGUACCAAGUAAAUUGUGAAAUACACACAAGAGCUUCAAAAUUUAGACCUUGGUAUCACGAUUACAAUAAUAUCAUAAGUUCUCGACGGCUUCAACGUCGCAGUAAAUGAGCCUAACACUCUGUGCCCGCUGCAGGCCUUUAGCCGGCUUAACGCGAAGACAUGCCGUGCGCUCAAUAACGCAACAGCAAAGACGUAACGAGUCUACUAUCGGCACCUAUGCCAGCGUCGAAGAAGGGGCCCAAGUAGCCAAGAAGCCCAGGGGAAAAGUCAUCUUCUCCGGUAUUCAGCCCACGGGCGUACCACACCUGGGGAAUUAUCUAGGAGCGUUACGGCUAUGGAAGAAGCUUCAGGAUGAUGCGAAGCCCGAGGAUAAGCUCAUAUUCUCGGUCGUAGACCUACACGCUAUCACCAUGCCCCAAGACGCUAAGGUCCUGCGCCUGCGCCGCCGCGAGAUGCUGGCUUCGUUACUGGCUAUCGGCCUCGACCCCGAGAAGGGACCUACGAUAUUCUACCAGAGCUCCGUGCCCCAGCACAGCGAGCUCAUGUGGAUUCUCAGCUGCACGGCGUCGAUGGGGUAUCUGGGGAGGAUGACGCAGUGGAAGAGCAAGCUCCAGAUGAACAACAAAGCAGGCGACCUCGAGGAAGCGGCCAUGACAAAUCUAAAGCUAGGCCUGUUCUCGUAUCCCGUGCUCCAAGCGGCCGACAUCCUCGUGCACCGCGCGACGCACGUCCCCGUCGGCGAUGACCAGCGGCAGCACCUCGAGUUCGCGCGCGAGUGCGCCACAAAUUUCAACCAUACUUUCAAGAACAUCUUCGUCCCGCCUGAGAUUAUGACCACCUCCUUCCCCCGCGUAAUGUCCCUCACGCAGCCGGAAAGCAAGAUGUCCAAGUCGUCGCCGAACCAGCGGUCGCGGAUAGAGAUAACCUCGACGGCGGAGGAGAUCCGGUCGCGGAUCAUGGUGGCGCUGACGGACCCCCACAACGCGGUGACGUACGACCCGGAGUCGCGGCCCGGUGUGUCCAACCUGCUGGAGCUGCUGUCGCAGUGCACGCCCGCGCCCGCGCGCCUGCCCCCGCGCGAGCUCGCCGCCCAGUUCGCCGCCGCCGGCGCCUCGCUCCGCGACCUGAAAGAGGCUACGGCUACCGCCGUGUGCCGCGAGCUAGACGGCGUUCGCGAGCGCUACGAGGAGUUCCUCGAUCGGAAGGGCGGGAAGUGGCUGGAUGAGAUCGAGGCCGAGGGCGCGGAGAAGGCGGCGAGGAGCGCGGAGGAGACGAUGGUGAGGGUUAGGGCCGCGGUUGGGUUGGGGCCGGCAAUGUGAUGGUUUAAAGUACGUUGAGUGCUGGUGUUCAUACCUAUCCGUGUGUGUGUGUAUACGUAUAAGAAUACAGGAUGGGAUGAAGCAUCAAUAAGCACCUACUUAGCCCAAGGUACCUACCUAACUUAGAAUCAGUAGUAGGAUUCAUAACUUCACUGCAAACCACCGUCUCCAUAUCGAGGCUAUCGAGAGA